GAUCUAGCUAGCGAUAAUCGCAUACCGUGUCCUCGACGAUACGUCAAGAAUGACACAGUUAUCGUUCCUAGUUAAGGGUACAACUUUUCAAAACGAAAGUAGAUAACAUUUUUGGAACUUUUCACCUGUACAGUGGACUGAGUAGGUGACUUGGGAGGAAGAUUUACUAAUGCUUUGAAGCCGAUGGCGACGUCUCUGGACAAUGUCGGAUAGAAAACCCUCCAGUUCCUACGAGUACACAAGAGUUGAAAUAUACGAUGAUGACGAUAAGUUACUGAUAAACAACCAAGAAGACAGUACUUGUAUUAUGUGCUGUUUGUGUUGGAUAAUCUCAAAGUUGAAGAAUGUCAAAGAAUGGCUGUCAGGAAAAAUAAAUAAGAUAUUUCGUAAUAGACGAGUGCCCGAAAGGAAAGAUCUCGAGGAACCUUACAAAUUUACAAUCAUAUUUAGAAAAUGGCUCGUGUGUUGUACAUGUACCUUGGGAUGGAUUUGGUGCCUCUUUAAACUACUAUGUUGUUGUAUUUACGGAAAACCCAAGAGCUGCAUCAGAUUCUUACAUUCACAAGUUUGUUGUUGUACACACCGAGCGGAUAAAAGAUACCAGCGUGAAGCAGAAAAACUUCGGGAGGAAUGUAAAAAUCUAGAAAUCAGAUUAUCUGAUAGUCAGGCAGAAGUGCGAAAUCUGGAAUCAAAACUCAGUUAUACAGAAGAAAUAUUAAAAGACCAACGACGAGAAAAGAAAAUAUUUAUGUCCAAAUUUGAAGAAGAAAGAAAAGAAAAGGAGAAAGCACUAACAAGAUUAAGCUCUAUUGCUGGGGAUAAAUUAAGGUUAAAUAACCCCGGAAUAGCUGAUCUAUCAGACGAAAAUCGACCAAACAAACUGGGAGAAAAGUUCAGCGAACUCUACGACAACGAGUGGACAGAGGCAUACGAAAGUUUAGACAAUGCAGGCCUCAACGAGGAAGAGAUAAUAAAAAAGCUUUUGGAUAUUUUAAAGGAGGUUUACAAUUGCUGUCAACACUAUGCCAAAGCUCAGAGACACAGACUGAUCCAGGUCAUCACACUACCUUCCAGAUCCGAAGAGCAAUCACAGGAUGCUGCAACACCUGAGAAGGUGAUGUCCAAGGUGGUCGAUCUUCAAAAACAGACGGCGUCAAUUGCUCUAUCCGAUGUAAAGAACACAAUCAUUACAACCAGAUCAGAAUUUGCAGACAACGAAGUUAAACAGAAAUACAUGGACCGUUGCAUGCAGCUGUGCUGGAUGAUGGCAAUACAGGACCCUCCAAUGUUGCUCCAUUUUGGACCGGCACAACAUGAAGAUUUUGAUAAAAAUUUGUUCAGAUUGUACACAAAGCAAGGCAACAGAGUAGAUUUCAUUGUUUGGCCAGCUUUAGUUUUGCAUGUUAACGGGCCCAUUGUUCAGAAAGGUGUUCUUCAACCGACGCCAAGCUGAUAGGAUAAUCCAUCUGCCUGAUUGAUACCAGCCGUAUUCAAUGUCAUUACUACCUGUAGAAAAUAGCAAAUAAUCAUAAGCAAAUAGAUAUUUUCUUAAUAAUGAAAUUCAUGAUUAGGUAUGAAUUAAAAAAAAGUCAUUACUUUGCGACAGUUUACAAAACUUUAAAGCAUUGAGAUUUGAAAGAUAACAAUGUAACACUUACAUGUAUUGUGUCAUAGAUGUACAAUGAAGAGGUAAGUUACAUAUGAUGCAGAAUAUUAAAUAGACAUAAAUUAUGUGUAAUAUCAGAACAAUAUAUAGGCAUACAUUAUAUGUAAUAUCAGAACAGUAUAUAGGCAUACAUUAUAUGUAAUAUCAAGAAAAUAUGCAGGUAUAUAUUACAUGUAAUAUCAGAGCAAUAUAUAGGUAUAUAUUAUAUGCAAUAUUUAAACAGUAUAUAGACAUAAAUUAUAUGUAAUAUCAAAACAUUAUAUAGGCAGUCUAUGUUUUGAAUUUAGAAGUUAAAAAAAUUCAUUGUACAUGUAUGAAUGCAUAAUGUAAUGAAAUAAAAGAUAUGUAUAUGAUGCUAA